UGUUGCCUGUCUUUAUCUCUCUGUCCGUGCAAGUGUAAUGUGCUUCUGUCUGAGUCUGUGUAGCAGAGGAUGUGUUUGUCGUCGCUAACCACAGAAGCCACAUGAUGCUCUUCAAGGGAGAUAACUUCUUGAUAAGUUAGUAUUAAGAUAAGGUGCAAACUGUUUGUUUUUCGGAAUUGACAAUGUCAACUACAAAUAAUCCUCCUGCUCUGGACUGGAAAUACUGGCGUUAGGGAAAAGUUGUUUCACUCGUGUUGAACUGCAUUUGAAGGACAUAAUGAAUCAAAUUAAUGAGUCCAUGACGGGGAAGACCAUGGUCCCGACCAUUCCGUCUAUUAUGUUCAUUUUCGGGGUGGUUGGGAAUGUCAUCGCCAUCGUGGUUCUUUGUAAAUCUCGCAAAGAGCAGAAAGAAACCACGUUUUACACGCUGGUGUGUGGACUGGCCGUCACGGACCUCCUGGGCACACUGCUGGCCAGUCCGGUCACCAUCGCCACUUAUGUGAAAGGCUCGUGGCCCGGAGAGGACCCACUGUGCCAGUACUUUGGAUUCACCUUGCUUUUCUUCUCUCUGGCGGGGCUCAGUAUCAUCUGUGCCAUGUCGGUGGAGAGAUACGUCGCUAUAAACCAUGCUUACUUCUACAAUGACUAUGUGGACCAAAAAUUGGCGGGUUUGACUCUUUUGGCUAUCUACAUCUCAAACGCGCUUUUCUGCGCUCUGCCGAUUAGCGGAUUUGGACAGGUGAAGAAGCAAUACCCGCAAACUUGGUGUUUUUUAGAGUGGAGGAGUAACAAGACCAGCGAUGCCGCUUACUCCUAUAUGUAUGCAGGUUUCAGCUCUAUUCUUAUUUUCGCCACUGUUAUCUGUAACGUGCUGGUGUGCGUGGCUUUGAUUCGGAUGCACCGGCGCUUCGUACGCAGGAUGUCCUUGGGAACCGAUCAGGGGCGCAACGUGGACCCGCAGAGGAGAGGACGCAGCUUUGGACGUCUGGCCGGUGCAGAGAUUCAGAUGGUCAUUCUUCUUAUAGGCACUUCGGCAGUGGUGCUUAUCUGCUCCAUCCCACUUGUUGCUCAGGUGUUUUUGAACCAGCUGUAUAAGACUCCCGUGGAGCUGAGGUUGGAGAAAAACCCUGAUCUACGAGCAAUACGCUUUGCCUCUUUCAACCCCAUUCUUGACCCCUGGAUCUACAUCCUGCUCCGCAAGGCUGUUCUUCUCAAGCUCAUUGAGAAAAGCAAGUGCUUAUUUUGCAAGAUAGGAGCACGGAGGCAACAGGGACAGGAAAACUUCCGCUGUAUAGAUGCUCAUCCACUCUCCUCUGCCAUCUCUAACCGGGACUCACACUUCCUGGUCUCUCAAAACUUGCAAGACUUCACCAGCAGCUCCCAAACCUACCUCUACCUGCCAGAGGGAAGUGAAAUGUACAACGAAAGCUGCCAUGAAGCAGAUAGAGUCUCAGGUUCACGACCUUCAUCGGUCAGAAACUCACAAGCGUCCUAUUCCUCUGAGCAGGGCAGCGUCGAGACUCAGAGUAGAGAUGGGACAAAUGUAUAUAGGGAACUUUCAGCUCUGCCGUGUCCAAAAGACCCAGCACUUCAUGUGUCGUUGAGCACUGAGACAGUGGUGGAAAAAUGUAUCUGACUUAUCUCUGAGUUAGAGAGGUAGAUUGUCUACUGAAUGACUUCCUCCAAAAGUGAACUUUUAAACCUCAGAAGAAUGAGGGGAAGGCACAUGAAAAUAAUAAAUGACUCUUCUUGUGAAGUCAGGCACAUGAAGCUAGAAAGAGAAAAA